AAACAAUGAAAUUGGCAAAACGAGUGGCGCGCGCAUCGAUGUGUGGCGUCGCCGGGGGUUGAUGAGCUUUGAAGGGGGGAGCCUGGGGUCACGUGACCGAGCUGCGUUUUGAGCGCACUAACCAGAUUGUAAAUAGUGACUGUACAUAGUGUGAUAGGUGAGUGACAUAGGUGAGCGAGGUUUUAGUUGACAAUGAGUUCAAGCAACAAAUCGUCGGUGCCCUCCGGUGGGAGAGGUGCUAACAAAAACAAGUCAUCACAGCAACACAGCAAGUCUGACCAUCAUCACUCCAAGUCCACAGACACAGCCAAACACGACAAAGCACAGCCUAAUAUGGACCAGAUGCGACAUGCACAAAUCAUUGACACUCGGAUGGGUGGUGGUGAAGAUCCAGCACUAAAGGAACGCAUAAGACAGGUGAUGGAUCUGACCCGUCGUUCCGAGGAUGAGGUGGUGCUAGCUCUCCACGAUGCUGACCAUGAUUUAGAUCGUGCGGUCAACACUCUGCUCGAGGGUGUGAUGCAAGAGUGGGAGGUGAAAAAGAAGAAGACCCGUCAACCUGGAGGUGCAAAACAAAAUGCUGAUCAAUCUGGGGGUACGGACGACGGCGGUGAUUGGGAAGAGAGACGUAAUCAGCGGGGUGGAGGACCUCCGCGUUUGCGAGGACGUGGAGCCAAUCAUGAUAAUCGAGGCUGGCGUGGGCGAGAAAACAAAGAGAAUGAACGAAAUAUGGAAGAGAGUGGCCGAGAAGGUGGUUACAGUGGUAACAGACGUGGAAGGGGUGGUCCCGGUAGGUCAGGCCGCGGUGGUAGAGGUGGAGGCAGAGGUCUUGGACCCCGUACUUUUGCUAACCGAGGAGAUUCAGGCUCAGGAGCUUCGGGGCAUAGCUUUAGUCGGCCAAUUGAUACUUGGACAGGAAGUGAAGAACAGCAACAAACUGCUCAGGAACCUAAGAUGGAUGCCUGGAAUCACAUGGAACCUACAGAAGAUUGGGAUCCGGAAGAAUACACUGGAUCGCUAGCAGACACAAAAGUGUUUACUCCUAGUGGUGGUCUGUCCGAAUCUGCGCCUGGAGUAGAAGAUUCAAAGCAUCAGGAAAUUCAAGGUCUUCAGUUGGCUCAAUCUGUUAAACUGUCUCCGUUGCAACCAGAUGAGUUGCCCAAGUUGUCGGAAACUCCCAUGCAGCAGCAUCAACAACAAUUGCAGCAGCAGCAGCAACAGCAAUCACUGGUUUCGCAACAGCAGCAGCAAUCUCAGUUGGUAUUAAACAUGCCAACAAUGCAGUUACCACAGCAACCUCAUGCUCCUUCUGGAGGUGUUCUCACUGCUGCUCAGAGUCAAUAUUUCACUCAACUGACGCAGCAGACGAGCGAAAGCCUGAAAGCUGCUAACCAAGGUUCUUUCUCGUCUACAAUGAGCAAUCAGCCUCAGAGGCAACCAAAGCAGAGACCUCGAGUACCACCUCCUUCAAAGAUUCCAUCAAGCGCAGUCGAGAUGCCUGGUGAUGCUGUCAACAGCGGAAUCGGCUUUCUAGACGUUCAGUUUGGUGCUUUGGAGUUUGGUCCUGAUGGUGGAUCUCUGGAUGGUUCUGCGACUGAAAAGUACAACUCUGCCAACUCGACUGCACCUGGCAUUGAUGUUACUCCACUGGCCAAUGUCAACAACCCUACCAACGCUUCUAACACUCUGGAUAUUGAAACCAGCCAAACAAAUUCUAAUCAGUACAACGCUACGUCGCAAAUGUUAUCAAGCAAUGAUAGCUUGCCAGUGUCUAGUGCCCACUCUCUAAGUUCGCAAAGCGGUUUUGUCGCUCGUAGUGGCAAUAGUGCUUCUUCUCUGGAUAUUACCAAGCAGGACUUCUCCUCCCAGGUUUCUCCAGGGAACACGCCUGGAUAUGGAACAGCCGUUACCUAUCAAACUCAGAAGACAGCUUACCAGCCAUCCAAUGCAACACCAAAUAGCUACAACGCAUACUCAACCAGUACGCAAUCCACCCAGUCGUCAUUCCCCGCACAAUCUGCUAGCAACAGUAACAGUUACUCGGCUACGCCAACGGUCACCCAGGUCUCUGGUUACAACACGUCAUCCUCUUACUCCCAAAACAAUGCCUCCAAUUUCAAUCAAGCUUCCCCAGCUGCAGUUGCAUCCGCAGCGUCAACCUAUAACCAAAACACGACUAAUCAGGUCUAUCAACCUGCAAGCGGGUAUGUACCAGUUACUACAUCGCAGUACCAGGCACAAUCUGUAGCAACCAAUACUGCAGCUAAUAGUAACUCGGGUUACCAAGCAACUGGAUACCAAGGAUCCUCUUCAUUCCAAUCCACCCCUCAGGCCUAUCAGCCUUCAGGAGCUAAUUUUACCUCCCCAAUUACUCAAGCAACGAGCGGCUAUCAGAGUGCAGCGCAAUCAGCUUAUGCUAGUGCGUAUAGCAGUUAUGGUAGUCAACCACAGACGGGGACUCAUAAUCAUAAAUUGAAUAGUGGAUCUAAUAAAGACUCGCAAUAUGACGGCAGUGCUACGACGUCUAGCAAUUCGUCAGCUACGACAAGUGCGCCAGCUUUGGGUCUAUCCACGACUUCAGCCAAUAGUUCACAGGCUAAAGCAACCAGUUCAAACGCUGUACCAAAGAGCACGUCAAGUGGAGUAGUGACUGGCAGUGGCAGUGGAGCUGGCAGUAUGACUGGUGGUGGUGCGGCUGGAAGUAUGACGCCGAUUCUUAGCCAUCAAUAUAUCAUGGGUCAAGGUGUUCCAUACGCGUUUCAACAGCCUAUGUACAGCUAUGAAGACUUGCAACUUAUGCAGCAAAGAAUACCACAUAUGCCCACUACUGGUUACUAUGACGCGGCUUUGGGCUAUCAGACAACUGGGCCAGCAACAAGUCUCGGAGGAGGACGUGGGGAUGCUUUAACCGGUGUCCAAGGUGUCCAGGGUGUUCAGGGUGUGCAAGGGGCCUAUACCAGUAUUAGCGAUACCAGGUUUGCCAGAAACGAUAGCAACGCGUCGCCAGUUCCCUCAACCAUGUCUCAACAGACUUCUACGCAGCAUCAGCAACCAAUGAUGAACCCAACUUUACCACCUGGUUAUGCAUAUUUUGCAUAUAGUGGUGGCAUGAUGCCUGGAAGUUUUCAGUAUGGAACGCCGGCUAUCUACCCACAGAUUGCCGCAGCUGGAAAUGCUGGGAGUAAUAGUGGCGCUUACAGCGCAAAACCAGGAAGUUAUGGUUCCGGAUAUGGUGGUGGCGCUAGCUACGAUGCUUUAGCAAGUGCAGGUCCAGCCGGCGAAUAUAAAGGAGCUAGCAGUGGUUACACUGGUACGCAAGCUGGUAAGACUGGAACAUCCACCGGCAAUACAAACUCUGGAGGAUCUUCUGCCGCUGAUAUCGGUGCAACCAUGUACGGCAAGUCUCACGUCGCACUUAGCAAAGUCAAUUCAUACGAUAAGCAGACGUUCCAUUCGGCGACUCCCCCUCCAUUUGGUUUAGCUGGAAGUCAGAGUGCAGGAUUGCCAGGUGGUUAUGGUACUCCACAUUUGUUCAUACCGACAAUUCCUCAUCAGUUACAUCCGCCAUUGCAUCAAGACAGCGGAAGCAGCACAGGACAGCGUUCUAACGCAAGUUCCCAAAACAAGGCUCAAGCUAAGCCAGGAGGAUACAGUCCAAGCUACUGGGCUGGCGGUAACUAACCCUAAUCACAACAAAUACAGUUCUAGAAAAAGAAUCAAGAAUUCACGUCGACACAGAUUUAGACAAGCUUUAACAAUCUACAUGAACACAGAUUUAGACCAGAUUUUAUAUACAGAUAUAGACGAUUCAAACUGGACAUAAGACGAUUUGAAUAACCAAACUAAUUGAUACCUAGAUUGGGAACUUUCCAAGGAAUGGAAGAAUUAGACAAUUCGAUUUGUCUUAGUGAGAAUUAAUUUAUAGACGAAUUUUUUUAUACAUAAUUACGAAGUAAGAUGUAUAAAUAUAUCAAGUGCUGUAGGCUAUGAAACGUCCUAAAAUCAAGAACCUGUGUUUGAAAAUUCCAGGUACGCUCAUACACAUUAUACAUAUAAAACUUAGUGAAGAAUUAAAAUUCGUACAUCUGUUAAAUACACACAUGUUGUUUCACUAAAAUAGAAAUGUCACAUUUCUAAUUAAGUACUAAACAACCAAGUCAAGGUAAAGCCAUUGAAUCACAGCUUAUUUUCUAUGAUCUGAGCUUUUCAUGUCGAUAUUUAGGAAAGAUUCAUUUAAAUGUAUACAAAUUUUCACAUUAACACACAUUUUUUCAUCAAAUAAUAUGAUACAUAAGUAUACUUUCCGAUAGUAAGUAAAUAAAGUAAAUCUUGCUUCUAUUUCUUUCGAGUGAACUUGAAAUAUAUACAAUUUUAUAAGAUAAGCUGUAUAAAUACUAUGAAGUCCCUGUCUGUAAAACCUACUAGAGGUUGAGUGAGGAGGAGAGGAAGAGAAAAAGAGAGUAAAAAACAUAGUUUUCUAACAACUGAAAACUGAAACUCACAAUGUUAAUGGUAUAGCGUUAGGCAAUUGUUUAGUUCUUCCAUUCAGGGUUUCGUAAGAACGAAACUCCAACAAGGCCUUAGAUGCCAAGGUUAAAAGGUUCUUUUGACUUGUUGAAGUUUUGGCAAAGCGCAUCCCGGCAUAAGCAGAUAUUUGCUGAAAAUACUGCAAAAUCACAGAUUAUCAUAUUUAACGUGGGUUUAAUUCAGUAGAUUUUAAAUCGCUCUCGACAAAAUGGUGAAAAAAAAAAAAUUAAUACAUUAAAAUAAAAAAAUGGCGAUGUCGUAAAUUAGUGCAAUUGGCAAUGUCUUGCGUUUAAAGCCAAAGGUGAUAAUACAAAAAUAUUAGAACUGACGAACGCAGUAUACUGUAUUAAAAGUUGACUUGUCUUUUUGAGCAACCGGCGAGCAAGGAAUUGGCUAAUUAUCCAACUCAUCACAUACAAUUGGUUGGCAAAUGUCACUAACAUCAUUUUCGUCUAACACAUUUAUUCGCCUUUGACAAUUUUCUUUUAUAGUAGUUAGUUUUUAUUUUAAUUAUCAAUCAUUUGGUAUAUCCUAUUCAUUGAAUGUAAAAUUAUCACUGUUAUCACAAUUUUCUCAUGUACAUUUGUCAUGACUUGAUGCUACUGAGUAUCGUCAGUUCUUCGGGCUUGACGAGUUAUAGAUAACAUCGGUUGGCUGAUGAGAAAUAUCGGUCGAAGUGCUCCAAAAUGCAGUAGCUAUAAAUGGUCUCGGAAAAAAUGGCAUAAGGUAAUGUUCUUAUAGAUUACGAUUGCGUGUUUUCAAUCAUGGAGAUUAGAACAGACGAAUAGCAGGGAGAAUGUGAACGUUUAUUUUGCCGACACGACAGAUUUCUUUAUACUUAAUUUACAUAUUUAACUGAAUAAAUAUUCCUAUUAUCUUUUUUUUUUUGUCCCAAACUUCCAUUUUCUUUCGGUUAGUAUCCACGUUAUGUAGUUACAUUGCAGAGCUGAUUUGUUUAUUGUUUUUGAUCCCAAAUCCGUAAGUUAAUCGCUUCAUCACCAAUUUACCAUAGGAGCGCGUUUUACAACUCGAUCGAAGACAUUGCUUGCAGAAUUUGAAUUCGACGGUAUGCAUAAAUGAGGGUAAAAGCAACAAGUGAAACAAACAUAAAAACAUUUAGAGAAUUGUAAUUCCAAAAUGCUAUAACGAAGUCACGAAAAAUCAGGAUCCGAGAUUUCGUUGUUUGACAAGAUCCUGUCGUAUUCGUCUUUACUGAUAUACAUUACUUUACUGAAUUUUCCUUCCGGUUGUACCCUACAAUAUUAUUUUUCACUUUUCGAACAUGAAUCGAAGUUGCAAAACUUCAAUUUGAUAUUAGAAAUUAGCUGCAUGAUUUUUGAAUGUACUAAAUAUCAUCCUGUGUCACAAAACAGCGCAACAUAGAUUUAUGAAAUAAUGUUGGUGAUUCUAGUAAUAGACUGAAAAUCUAUAGGGUGCUAUAAAAUGCAGAAAUCGGGAUGUUGAGAAUUUUUUCCUCAUUUAUAUUCUAUAACGAGAAAUAACUCAGAAAUGUUUUCAAGCUGUCUACGCAGAUCCUCUUUAUGAACAGUUUGGAAAUGAAAUUAGUUUCAUUAUAAUUGAAUUAUUGCAGAAAAAGUAAUAGAAAAUCAUUGUGAGUAACUUUUCCUUAGUGAUUACAUACACAAGUCCACGUAACGCAACAUGCCUACACUUAUACCUACAUGAAAAAAGAAAGAAAUUACAAACAUCAUACGUAGUUUUAGAGGAAGAGAGAAAGAUAGAGAGGAAGAGAGAGGUAUUUAGCGCGAGAGGGAAAACGAGAGAGUAAAAAAUGAAAAAGUGUGAGAGAAUUCAUCGGAAACUAAACACUUCUUAUGUACUAAAUGUACUCGAGAGAAGACAGACACAUGUUCUCAUUUGAUUUUAGGAUAUUUUAGUUUAUUCGCAUUCGUCACAUAUAAAUAUGAAUGAUCUUAGGACGGAGUAUAUUAAAUGUAAUGUAUGAAGGAAAAAUGAAAAUAAAAAGCAAAAAUAGGGCAAGGGGAGAAAAACCAAUAAAUGAAAAAGAGAGAGAAAACAAACAAACGAUUAAGAUGAAGUAGACAGAUGAGUAAUAAUAUGAAAAAAAGAAGAAAAAAGCGUUCGUUCUCAUAAUAAUUAUUAUACCUUGAUAAUUUUUGUAUUUUUGUCAAAUAUUAAACUGAAUAUGAUCGAAAAUGCAAAAUGCAUUGCGCCACUACUGCUAACUACAUAUUAUUAUUAAUAAUAGCUACUACUGUGUAUAAAUAUGGAUAUCUAAGAAUAAAUGUAUUAAAACUA